AUGAUCGACAGGUGGAUUUGGUGGAUUUUUUGGGGUUGCCAAUUGGUAUUGGCGUAUAGUGAGAACGAUGAUGAUGAGGUUGGCGAUCGUGUUGUUCUCAAUUUUGCCGGCACAUUUCCAAUGCAAUCUGGGUCUGGAGGAUGGGCUGGUGGACAAGCUUGUCAUCCAGCUGUUCAGAUGGCUUUGAGAGAUGUGAAUAAUAAUAAGAAUAUUUUACCUGGAUAUUAUAUCAAUAUGACUAAUAAUGAUUCAAUGGUAUGUUUUUUAAGCCCUUCUGAAAACCUUCAAAAACCUUUUUUACAGUGUCAACCUGGUCUCGCUAUCCAGCAAUUAUAUGAUUUCCUCUAUCUUGAACCCAAAAAACUUAUGCUUCUCGCAGGUUGUAGUCCAGUAACAACAGUUCUCGCAGAAGCUGCACACGUUUUCAAUCUAGUUGUAGUAAGUUUUCAAAUCCCAAGAGUGUAUACAAAUUUGUACUUCAGAAUGAUUAAUUGUUUUUCGUUUCAUCUUUGAAGUUUCAAAUAUCCAAUUUCAGCUAUCAUAUGGUGGAAGCUCUCCAGCACUUUCGAAUAGGAAACGAUUCAAAACAUUGUUCAGAACACAUCCUUCGGCAAAUAUGCAGAAUCCGACGAGAGUUCAUUUGAUGAAUAAAUUUAAUUGGAAACGUUUCACUAUUUUAAUGUCUGUUGAAGAAGUUUUUGUAUCAACUGCCAAGGAUUUGGAGGUUUGUAUUUUUAAUAUUUUCGGAAAUUGAAAUCAAAAUUCUAUGUUUCACUUCCAGAGACAAGCACGACAUGCUAAAAUCAAAGUCGAUCGUCAAAGUUUUUACGGAGAUCCAAGUGAUGCGAUGAAAACUCUUCAACGUCAAGACGCUCGAAUUAUUGUCGGAUUAUUUUACGAGACGGAAGCUCGCAAAGUUUUAUGUCAAGCUUAUCAAGAUGGUUUAUAUGGUAGUAAAUAUGUUUGGUUUUUUAUUGGAUGGUUUGCUGAUACUUGGUUUAUACCGAAGAAGGAAGAACAUCUGAAUUGUACAGCUGAGGAGGUAGGGUUUCCCAACAUUUUUCUUAUUUUCAUAAAAAAACUUCAUUGAAUUUUCAGAUGGCAAAAGCUGCCGAAUAUCACUUUACAACUGAAAGUGUUAUGUUGUCUCCUGACGAAACAAAAUCAAUUGGAAAUAUGACUGGAAAAGAGUUUCAGCAAAGGUUGACUGAAGUUUUGAGAAGACAGAAUCAAAAUGAUACUGCAAAUAUUGGCGGAUUUCCAGAAGCUCCUCUUGCUUAUGAUGCAGUUUGGUAGGAUUUUUUUUGUUUUGAAAGAAAAAUAAUUGAUUCUAAUUUUCAGGGCGUUGGCUCUUGCAUUUAAUUGUACUAUGCAUAAUUUACCAAAACAUAUUCUACUUCAAAAUUUUGAUUAUAACAAUACCGAAAUUAAAUCUAUACUUUUCCAAUGUGUUGAGCAAACAAAUUUUCGUGGGGUGUCUGGUAAUGUAAAAUUUUCGGAUUCUGGAGAUCGUAUCGCACGAACACAAAUCGAACAAUUACAAAAUGGAAAAUAUAAAAUUAUGGGUUAUUAUGACACAACAACUGUAAAAAUGGAUUGGUACAAUUCGGAAAAAUGGAACAAUCGAACUGGACCACCGCCAGAUUCAUUAGUCAUUCUUCGUGAAAUUCUUACCGUUUCCACUUGGGUAUACUACACUAUGUCUUCAUUUGCAACAUUGGGUAUUGUUUUAUGCAUUCUUAUUUAUUUAUUUACAAGGAAACAUCAAAAACGAUUGUAAGUUUUGAUUUUUUUUCUGAAUAGUUUUUAAAAAAUUUGUUAUGUUUUUUUUUAGAAUAAUCAUUCAAUCACAAUCCGAAUGCAACAAUUUAUUGAUUGUGGGAUGUUCACUUUGUCUAUUUUCACUUUUCCUGAUUGGACUUCCAAUGCAGGAUAUACUCAUCCCAGAGGAAAUAUUCUCAUUUUUGUGUCAUGUGAGUUUAAAAAAACCAAAUUUUUCAUUUUAGAUGGACUUCCAGGCUCACUUCUUGACAUUCAGGAAUAAAGUCAACUAAAAAUCUGCAACCACCUUCCAACUUCAACCAAAAAUAAAUUUCUAGGCCCGCGUGACAAUUCUCCUAUUCGGGUUCACAUUUGCAUAUGGGUCAAUGUUUGCAAAAGUUUGGAUAGUCCAUCGUAUGGGUGCAACUGAAAAUCAACAAUUGGCAAGUCGCCAAAAAGACGAGGUUUAUUUUGAUUUUCGGGUUGUAGAUAUGCGAAAAAAAAAACAACAAUAUAACAUUUUCUCUAAAACGACUAGUUCUUCUUCUGUAACAUGUAACAUGUUUCUUUAAAUCGGUUUCUAAUCGUAAUUUCCAGUACAAACCAUUAUUGAGUAACUUCUCUGAAAAGGUAAGUCUACGGAAUGGGAAUGACAACAAUUUUUUUAUUAUUAUUAUUCGAUGAUGAUGUUCCAGAAAAUUUCAUAUUCUCAUCAUUGUUUAUUUUUUUCGAAAGCACUUUUCACUAUCCCCUUUCAUUCAAAAAAACAUUUUGUUGAAAAAAACAAGGAAAAACAGAAAAAUGUAGUGGUUAGCACAGAAUGUUUUUGUGUAAUUGAAAAGCUUUUGCUUUAUGAGAAUAUUUUUUUGAAUUUAAUGAAUGUGUUAUGGGAGAAAAACAAAAAAAACAAAAAAGAAAAAAAAAGUUCGCAGUCUGCAGGAUUCGAACCUACGCGGGCAAAGCCCAAUUGAUUUCUAGUCAAUCUCCUUAACCACUCGGACAAGACUGCUGGCGAGAGAAACACAAAUGUUUGCCAAUUUAUUAUUGAUGUUUGAGAGAUAGCGAGAUCAUUUUUUUGUUUCUCCCAUAACACAUACAUUUAUGUAGAAUUAUUAGUUAGAUAGUUUUGAAGAAUGAAUUGUGGUCGAUCAGAAAAAAAAAGGUGUUUUUUCUUCUUUUUUUCAAACCCUUACCUUAGCACGAACGUUAUUCCUUCCCCUCUAUUUUUUUUAUUUUAUAUGAUUAAAAUAUUUGAAAAAAAACAAAAACAAAAAAUCUCUACAUAUUGUAAUAAAUCUAAAAAAAAACUCAUUUUCCAAACUGUUUUCCCAACAGGAAGAGAAUACACCUUGGGAAGGUAUCAGAACCCUUAUAUCAACAAUGGUUGGACGGCAAGCAUUGGUUCGAAAAUCAUCUGGUCAAGCAUACGGAGCAUUGCUCGAAAAACGCAACACUGUUCUGAAUCAGGUGCCCAUAUUUGACAUUGUAAAUUAAUUGUACACAUGGUUUUUAACAUUUUUUUUGAUUUUCUUCCAAUAUGGAAACAUUGACUAACAUUUGAAUGUAGUACUAAUAUUCAACCAGCAAGACUUCUUCUUCUUCUUCCUUCGACUUCUUCUACUUCUCCUACUUUCUUCAAUGUUUUUUUUUUGAUUGGCGUGACAAUUCUUUCUAACUACUUCUAACUAACAAUACACUGAAAAUAUUUUGAUUUUACAUUUUUCGUUUUUUUUUCAAAAGUCAAAUCAAAUAUACAAAAAAAUGUAUCAACGCAUGGAGGCCGCACAGAGUUUUUUGAAUGAUUUUUUUUAUCUUUCAACGCAUGGGAAUGAGUUUUUCUAUUCUAUUCUAUUUUCUUUCGCACUCACAAACACUAAAUAUUAUGAUUCUGCUGAUAUUUUCAAUAUAAUUUGUUGUUUUCAGCCAAUUGCCCCUUCAAAGUUCUACUUGAUCGUUCUGGGUUUGUUCAUUAUUGAUACGAUUAUUAUAACUGGAUGGAUCUUGCUUGAUCCAUUAGUUUUAAAUGAACAAAAAUUCCCUGUAAAGGUAAGAGUUUUCACUGUUUAUGGGAAGUAAGGGCUUAAAAAGGUCCUCACAAAAAAAUAUUUCUAGGAACCUGAACAUGGAGAAGAAGCUCUUCAACCAGUUUUCCAACAAUGCAAAAGUGAACAUCAAGAUAUAUGGACAGGUAUUCUUUUUUUUUCCAAAUUUCAAAUUCUGAUCCUGAAAUCGAAAAAUCUAAAACAAAAUUGUUAUGAUUUUCAGGAAUAAUCCUCGGAUAUAAAUGUCUACUUCUAGUAUUUGGAUUAUUUUUAUCAUAUGAAACGAGAAAUCUAAAAUUAAGAUUUGUGAAUGAUUCAAGACUUGUUGGUCUCGCAAUCUAUAAUGUGGCAGUGGUAACACUUAUAACAGCACCAGUUGUAACUUUAUUGAUUCAUGGACAAGCAAACGCCAAUUUCGCAUUCAUUUCAUUGACAGUUAUUAUUUGCACAUAUAUCUCGAUGGGUUUGAUUUUUGGGCCGAAGAUCCGGCAUAUUUUAAAAGUUCCACCGGGAGCUGAUGAAGUGCAACAGAAUGGAAGUGUUGUGAAAACUGAGAUGUCGAAACCAGAUCAGAAAAGAUUGGAGAUGUUAAAAAUGGAAAAUGAAACACUUCAAAAACAAAUUGAAGAAAAAGAACGACGAAUACAUGAAUGUAAAGAGAGGUUGGAGCUAUUGGCAAUUGAACAACGCAAAAAUUGCGAAGAUAAUAAUGGUGGAAAUAUUGAAUCGGAUAAUAUAAAUGCGCCACUUUUAAGUGAAGUUAAUCGGAAAAGUUCAAUCACUUAUUCAACGCCAACAACCUUAACAACAACUAUUCCCCUUAUGGAUUUCAUUAAUGGUCAUCCGGGUAAUAAAAUUUGAAAAAAUAAAGUUCCCAAUAUUUUUUUUUCAGGUCAAAUAUCAGAAAAUGAAGAUGAUAGAUGUUCAACUUCUUCUGACGAAAUAUUAUUAUAG